UUGUCUUUGACUCCUUUGGUGCACUCCCACAGAGGAGUUCACACUGACUUGGCAAAAUGAGGACUCCUGCACUGCUUCUGCUGGUUGCAUUGGCAGCCUUGGCAGAACAUCAUGACAACAAAUACAGCAGACUUGCGAAACGGGAGGUUUUAAUACGUUCCAAAAGAAGGUGGGUUCUAUCAACAAUUGAAGUAGUGGAAGAAGACCCUGGUCCAUUCCCUAAACAGAUAUCACAGAUGUAUAAUGACAAGUUUGAGGAGGGGAAAGGUCACAAAUUUUCUAUAAGUGGACAUGGAGUGGAUGAGGAACCCACAGGAGUGUUCAGCAUCGAUGCAAACAACGGAAAGGUUUACGCUCACAAGGCCAUCGACAGAGAGAUUUUGGACAGCUUCCAUAUCAAGUUUGAUGUCUUGGACAGAGACUCAGGAUCAAGAUUAGAUAAGGAACUGGCUUUUGAUGUGGAAAUAAAGGACAUAAAUGACAAUGCACCUACAUUUGAUGAACGUGUAAAGAGAGCAAACGUGAAAGAAAAUUACCCAGAAGGUUACUUGCCAGUGCAACUACGAGCCACGGACUUUGAUCAAGAAGGCACACCCAACUCCACAGUCACCAUCAGCGUGGUGUCACAAAAGCCUGAUAACCCCAAGUUCACCAUAGAACAGUUUGAUGAAAGAAACGCACAACUAAAAUUCACAGGAUGCUUUAACUAUGACACUGCUAAGGCUUAUACCAUUAUGGUGGAAGCUAAAGAUCACGGAACACCAGCCCUUUCUUCCACUGCUACCAUCAUUCUUGGCAUUGAAGACACAAACACUCAUCCACCGGUCUUCAAGCAAAAUAAGUAUAGCGGUGAGGUGUUAGAAAUGUCCACUAGCGAAGAAGUUUUGAGAGUUGCAGUCGAGGACAAAGAUAAGCCAAACACUCCUGGAUGGCGAGCCAAGUACUUCUUUAUUAAAGGGAAUGAGGAUGGAAACUACAAAAUCGUAACUGACCCCAAAACAAAUGAAGGCAUCCUCAAAGUUAUCAAGGGGAAGGAUUUCGAGCGGACAACUUUCACCAAUCUGGAGAUCGGAGUAGAAAAUGAGGAAAAAUUAUUUGUUUGUCCUGGAAAAGCUCCAGCCAAACCUGCAGCUCCAAGUGCAGUCAACAUCACAAUUAAAGUGAUCGAUGUCAACGAUCCACCUCAUUUUGAUAAAGACACCGCUGAUGUCUACCAGAAGGAGGAGGAGGUACCAGGGAAGGUGCUGUUUGUUCCAACAGUUCAUGAUGUCGAUUCUGAUGUCGACAAAAUCAGGUUUGAGCUGAUAGAUGAUCCGGCUGACUGGGUGACUCUUGAUCCAAAAACAGGAAAAGUUACAUCGACAAAGACGAUGGACAGAGAGUCACCCUUUGUUGAUGACAACAAUAUCUACAAAGUGCUCGUGGCUGCUAUAGAUGAUGGUGAGCCUCCAGCUACAGGUACAUGCACUAUCCUGAUCCACCUGGGGGAUAUCAAUGACCACAAACCGAAGCUGGCCAACAGCACUCUGAUUAUGUGUGGAAACAAGAACGACAAAGUCACAGUGGCUGUCAAUGAUUUAGAUGCACAUCCUUUCAGUGGACCCUUUGCCUUCUCCUUGGGGGGAAAGGACAAAACCCUGAAGCAGCGAUGGAAACUGGAUCCUGCCUUUGGUGAGGAGGCUGUACUCAUUAGCCUGAAACCACUUCCUUAUGGUAAUUACUCAGUGCCACUGGUUAUUCAGGAUCAACAGAACAUGAUUGGACAGGAGACUCUUGUUGUGUUGGUGUGCAACUGUGGGAAAGGGGAGGAGUGCCUGAAAAAAGACCCACUAACGGUGAACCUUGGGGGAGCUGCCAUCGGACUCAUCAUGGCAGGACUCUUUUUGUUCUUGCUACUGAUAUUCCUCUUCAUGUGCCAGUGUGGAAAGCAAUUCCAGGCUAUCAGACUGUUGCAGGACGAGGGCAACCAGACCCUCAUCAAGUACAACCAAGAAGGAGGAAGCUCUGAGUGCAAGGCUGAACCGACCUCGCUGCUGAGCCCAACAACCACUAUGACUGUUACCGACAGUAUAAAACAGUCCAACAUCCAGCAUGUUAUGGCUCCACCAGUAAUGACAGAGGAAUUCGACAUCUACAGCAACACAAUGUACUCAAGGAACAAUGAGUAUUACAUGAACAGUUUGGGGAUGCAGAAUCAGAGGGAAAGUAUGAGGAACGGUGGAUGGAACAGGUUCUCUUCAUAUCAUACAAACAGGAGCACCAUGCGGGGUGCAUCACGGUACGGCCACUCCUUCAGUAUGCAGGCAAAUCAACAAAUUGAAGAUCAUCUCCACAGGAAAAUCCAAAUGAUUGCCAUGAACAAUCCGGACGACCCACUGUACAACCCCCAUGAGUAUGCCUACGAGGGACAGGGCAGCAGAUGCCAGUCGCUGGAUAAGCUGUCACUCAGCAACUGGGGAGAUGAUUUGCAGUUUCUGAACGACCUCGGGCCCAAGUUCAAGACGCUGGGAGGAAUCUGUCAACAGACAAUUCAAGAAAAAAACAUACAGCUCUAAAGCGCGUUGCUGAACUGAGAUUUGAAAUCAGGUGUGUGAACUGAUUUGACAAGAUCUUUGGAGGAAGCUACCAUUCGACAAUGUUUGGAUUGUAUGAGUGCGCUUUUGGCGUUUAACUACUUAUAAGUUAGAGCCACAUCUUGUAUACUGGCAUUGAUCCACAAAAAGCAGGAUUAUGGAGUUUAGGGUGUGUUUUGUUUGCAUGAAGAUGGAAUUAAUGCACUGUACAAACUGCCACGCUCCGGUGAUUUGAAAUGUCAUGCUUUGACAGUGAGUGGGUGUGUUUGGUUGUUUUGGUUUUUUUAAAUUUUGCUUUUCUACAAGUGAUUACUGCCAGAUCUCAGUGCUUUUAUCAGCAUAUCAUUCAAUUCUAGCUUUGCAGGUUUUUAUCAGGACAGUAUUAUUUCCAUGUUUUCAACUGUAACCUAUGUAGUUUGUUUGGAAAAUGGGAUAUUUUUUUUCUGACAGUACAUGUUGAGUUUCUUUUGUAGUAAAUUCAAUGAACACCAGCAAAAGUCUGA